AUGUGGCUAUUCCAUGUCCUUUCCUCGUCUAUCUUCCUUACCUCUAUUAUAUUAUCUAUACCAAUCGCUUUCGAUGUUGGAGGGCGCCAGUGUGGUCUGGCAUUCUCCCUUAGCCUCUUUUUCUUCUACUUUUUCUACACACUAUUGAAACUUGCGACUCCAGAGAAAUCACGAUUGCGCUGGGCACUAGUGCAAUUAAUCGGAGCUGCUCAAUGGAUCAUUAUACCCGGACUACUCAUUUGGAGUAUGAACCGAUUCCCUAUAGAAUCUACAGGCACUAGUGAAUGGGUCGCCAAAACAUCAACCGACCAAUACACUGAAAUCAGGAAUGAUUUGAAUUGGACGAAGUCUGGAUCCCUACUUGAAAUCCUUGUGAUUGGAAGCUGGGAUAAAAUACUUAGAUAUUCAACGUCAAUCUUUCAGCUUGUGGAAGGAUUCUGCAGUCUCCUUGUAAUUCAGGCAGCUGGCCAAAUAACUAGAUGGCUUGUAAAUAAAGGACGAAGUGAUAUCUGGAUGAUAACUUUACUUGUGUUGUCUGCGUCAAUAAUGUCAAGCUCCGUCUACUUCCUGUGGCGUAUAAUCAACUUUCCGGGCAUCAGUAACGCAGAUGCCAUCCUUAUCGGUGUAUUUAUAACAUGCGCAGUUUUUCUUGGUAUAUGGGGAAUUGGAAGUGGAAGGGGAAAUCCAGUUGAAAGUUCUUUGUUAUUUGCAUAUGUCGUUCUUUGCAUGUAUCAAAUAUUCACUGAUUAUCUACCCCUACUCGUUACCGACACUUCAGAAGCUAACCCCCAAGCGGACUUUCCGCCAUUUCCUCCAAUUAUUAUGGCUUCCUACAGUACAAUAACCUACUUACUAUCAACGUUACCCUCCACAGUACUCUCUGGGCUGUAUCUAAUCCUUGCAGCCUUCCAAACUAUCAGUCCGUUUGUCAUCAUCUCGCUCGCAUAUCGAAUUUUCGUCUUCUAUGCUUCAACCCGGAUCAUCCCUGCCGUACGAGAGUCGGGUGCUCGCGCAUUAUCACAGGAGCCUAGCCUUCAGGACCGGGAUGGUGCCGGUAAAUUACUUGGAUUACUUAUAUCAUUUAGCCCAAGUAUCUUGGUGGCAGUUUACACGAGUCUUUUGAUGCAGCAUUUUUCAACAGCACCAUCCGGUAAUCACGAAACUGGAUGGCUCACAAAACAUGACAGCAAUUCGAGGACAAUAAUCUGGAGAUGGAUAAACUUAACCGGCACGAUGGCUCUUUACGUUGUAGAACUUUACCUUGGGCAAGAGGAUCUAGACGAUUUCCUGACGGGUCAUUGGAAAACUGAUUAG